AUGUCUUUGAAAGACCGAAUUUCUUCUCCACUGGAGGCUGGUCCCUCGAUUCUCGACGGCCACAACCUGCCCACUCAUCUCAACUCGGCCCUCGAAUACGCAUCUAAGAGGUUGGCCCGGAAGGCCGCCCACCUCACUCUCGUCGUAGUUCGCCACGACUAUCAGCUCCCAUCAUCGGUCCUCUCGCCCCUGAGCUCUGCGGGUACCCUAGCUUCACCCCCGUCUGCAGCCUCCUCUGUACCCGUCUCUGCGGCUAGCACGCCGGCACGCCCGGCUUUCAACCUGGCCACCAUUAAGAACCUCGUCUGGUCUAACACGCCUCAGCCCUCGGAAGGCACCCAAGAGCGCCACGUCCCCAUCGCACUCGAUCUCCAGCGCAAUGGCAUGGUGUCACCUGCGUUCAGCGUCUCGUCCAUGUCUUCGGCCUCGACCGCCUCCAUGUCGUCGGCAGCCGAUUCGACCUUCAGCUUUGGCCCGCGUCUCCGGUGGCCCCUCUCCCCUACCACGCCGUCGAGCUUGAGCAUGCCCAUGACGCCGGCGACGCCUUUUACCAUUGGGUCGUCCACAGCCACGACGACCGACGCUGGCAGCGCCAUGUCUGGGGUUGCGGGCCCGCAAUACCCAGAUCCGUUUGGGAUUAGGCUGGUGCAUGUCAGCCCGCUGAGCACGAGGGAGGAGAGGCUGUUGAAGCACUCCAUUGAGAAGGCCGGAAGGAGAUUCCGCAUUGGAAAUAACUGGCUUCCGAGCCCCUUGUCGCCCUCAGCCUACGGCCUGAACGUUAACCUCAUGCACCGCUCACUCGCCCAAAACGAGGUUCUCUUUUCCUCCGAGGGCCUCACCCUGCUCUCCCUCGACCACCUGUACACAUUCAAGGUGGCCCUCGCCUCGUACGCGCACACGCAGUCGCCCCGCCGCCUCGAGGACGCCGUCGACGAGCUGCGCCGCCUCGUCCUCUCCCAGGGCCGGCAGAAGCUGCGCAAGAGCGCCCUGCUGGGCGCCUACGCGUGGCUCGGCCCCGUCAGCGACGGCGCGCUGCGCGACGUGUCACGCAUGUACGCGCGGGCGUACGGCGGCGACGCGGGGCAGGGCGGCGUGGAGGACGACCACCCUGCCUCUUGGCGGUUUCCGCACCGGCCAACCACCGUGGUCGUCCACCACCACCUGAACGAAAAGCCGCUCCCCGCUCUGCCCACCGACUCCGACAAGCCGGACGAGCCCGACGAGCCCAGCUCUGGCUCCAGGUCCAGGUCCGGAUCCUCGUCCACCACCAGAUCGCGGCGCAGCUGCAGGGAGCUGGAAAAGCGGUUCUGCAUCGACUUCGACUUCGACAUGGAGAUCGAGGAGUACUACCGCGAACGGGCGCGCGAGAUGCAGGCCGAGGAGGAGGCGGCGGCGGCGGCGGCGGCGGCGGCGGAGGCAGAGGCGGCGCUCCUCGAGGAGAUGAGGCGGACGACGCCCAAGAUCUCACCGCCGCCGCCGCCGAAGAUGCCCGUGCUGAGGCUGCAGACAACAUUCGAACGGAGGCCCACCGGCGUGCUGAAGCCCGUGCCGCUGAAGAUGGCUGCUGGGGCUGAAGGGGCUGAAGGGGCUGCGAGCGGGUCGGGAGAGGCGGAGGUGGAGAUGGCCGGCGGUGGUGCGGUGGAGGCUCCGGGCCAGCAGGAGGAGGAGGAGGAGGAGGAGGAGGAGCCGCGGGAAGAAGAGGAGGAGGAGGAGCUGACGGCGCGCCCAAAGAGUGGUCACCCCAAUACACUGGCCGCUAGCCUGGGGAGGUGGAAUAGCAUGACCAUCGACGAGAUCAUAAACGACAUGGAGUCCAAGAGGACGAGCGACGCGGGCCCCAUGACGCCGAAUGGGUAUGAUGAUAUCUCGCCGAUUACGAGGGGGGAGUGGGGUUUCUUAAUGGUCAGCGACGGGUGGAAGGGGAAGACGGCUGCUGUUGAGAUGUGCUGAGACUUGGGAUUUCGCGGGCUGAGAAGUAUCGGGAGAGGGCAUGGGCGUUAUACGCCUACCAUUCAUUCUUGGACAAACGCUUUCGAUUCUUCCACACCUACUUACUCUCUUGAGAUGCAUGACGCAACGUACCAGUCGCACAGCCGCACCAUGGCAAAUAAUUCACGCUGGGUGGGCUGGGCAGGACAUCUAGGAAUUAAAUAUACCCAACAGACUGAUUUAGCCACACAGGCGAUUAUAUUCUCAGAAGUCAGAACGUCUCUGCUUUCACUGUGUUUUCCAUGCACACUCAUUUCUCUAUUGCCAUGACAUGACUGAAGCAUCAUUUUAACAAAAGACUGACCAAACAACACCGGGGCA